UCUCCCCGACUCCCUUCCUAAUGCAGAAGAACUCCCUCUCUCUUUAAAUCUCUAACCUUCCCCCAAAUCCUUAACCUCACGCACGAAAUCUCUUCCUUUUAUAAAGAGACCUAAUGCAGAAGCACUCCCUUUCUCACUCUAAAUCUCUACCCUCUAUGGGCUAUGGCAUUCCUACUACAAUGUUUUCAAAUAUAUUGAUUGGACUGGCUCAAUAUAUUCCGAGAAUGGUCAGGAUUGAGACAUAACGCCGAAAUCCGAUCCAACAUAAGCCAAGGAGGAGCAGAAUGGGCGAUGAUUGUUGUGAACCUUUGCCACUGUCCAUUGGUGCGAAGAAGGGGUUGGGGCUAAGGCUGUCUCUCUUGAAGCCGAGGAGGAGCCAAAGUGAAAGCGAUGAUUGCUCUGAACCAUUGUCACAGUCCCAAGUGUCACUUUGGAGCUUUAGGGGCCUCCGCUGGGCUGCUAUUGCUGUGGACUAGAAGAGUAGUAAAGAAAGUUGAUGGGGCUGUGGGAAAUUAUUCAAUUUAUGAAUCAGCACUUAACCACCUUAAGAGUGUGGGGCUGCUUGCCGAUGGUUUUGGUUCAACCCUAGAGAUGCAUAGAAGGGACCUGAUAUGGGUGGCCUAUCGAUUACAAAUUGAGGCAGCUGAAUCCUUGAAUGGGAUAAGAAUGGAAAUGACUAAUGCUACCUUUCCUCUUCUGAAAGGUGUGGUUGCUACCACAGAUGUUGUUGAAGCGUGUAAAGAUGUCAAUAUUGCCGUUAUGCUUGGUGGAUACCCACGGAAGGAUUACAUUAAGGAAGGAUAUGUUGUCUACAAAAGAACCCUUAGUGAAAUAACAAAAAUUAUGUGGGACUCUGAUAAUAAGAUGGAUGUUGAAGUGAAAUUGGAGGUACAUUAUGGGGGUGCUUUUGUGUGGAACCCUAGUUUAGAGUACUUUGGUGGGAAAGUUGAAGUAGUGUAUAGGGAUGCUGAUUUGCUUGGUUAUUUUGAAAUAAAAGCUAUAUGUGAGGAAUUGGGGAUUGAUGAAUCGUGUAGGGUUCAUUAUUUAGGUCCUGGGGGCAACUUGGAGCAGGACUUAAGGCUCAUAGAAGAUGAUCAAGAUGUAGAACCCUUGUGGAAGCCUAAUGAGGGAGGGCCAAGAGACACCAUCAUACUGUAUGUGGAGAGUGGUAAUGCUCUACUUGCAGUUGAAGUUCCUGAUGGUGCAGGGGUUGGUGUAGGAGCUGGUGCAGGGGCUGCUAUAGGGGAUGCAGGGGCUGGUGUAGGGGGUGGUGCAGGAGCUGCUACAGGGGGUGAUGGUGUGGAGGAGGAGUUUGAUUGGUUGAAUGAGGGCUUGGAAGGAGAAGACUUUGCUGAUGACAUUUUUGGUGAGUCUUCUCCACCUCACAUAGUGCCACAUGAGCCUAACACUAUUCCAACCACUAAUACACCUCAUCCAAACAUUGAUACACCUCAGCCAAACACAGAUGCACCUGGCCCAAGCAAUGUUCCUCCUCCAAACAUAGAUUUAGAUGAAGAGUGGGCUGAACCAGCUUUAGAGGAUGAUAUUGCAAGUGUGGAUAGUUCUGAUGAUGAGCAGGGGCCUGGCAAUUUGGAGUUCAAUGAGAGGACCAUUGUUGUCAAAAUCGCGAUCUGGAUCGUAGGAUCGCACGAUUUCACGAUCCUACCUCACCAAAACGAUUAGAAUCGCACUAGGAUCGUAAAAAUGGUAGGAUCGUAUGUAGGAUCGUGUAGGAUCGUAUAGGAUCGUAGGAUCGUAUGGGAUUCUACCGAUCCUACCAAAAACAUAAUUUUUUUGUUUUUUUUUGGAUAAAUUUUUUGUUUUGAUGAAGAUUUAAGGAUUUUUAUUUUUUCAUGUUGUGAUGGUAUGACUUUUUAUUUUUUAUUUUAUAAAAUUAUGUCAACCUAAGCAAAUGUUUUCUAGUUUCUAGUUCACUUGUAAUCAAAAUGAAAGAAUGUUUCAUCAUUUCUAAAUGAAGAAUUUGACUUGGCUUUGCUGCAUUUUAAGCUAUAAUAUUGUUAAAUUUGUUUGAUCAAUAUACUAAUUUGUGUUCUAAUAUUACUAAAAUAUUUUUUUUUAUAUAAUUUUAUUAGUUAUGCUUGUAUUUGUAUAUAGAUUGAUUGAUUUUUUUGAGUAUACUCUUUAAUUGUUGCUGAGUGGUAUAACUUGAAUAGUUGAGUGUGAAAUUGUAUCUUGAUAUCUUUUACAACUCUAGUAUACAAAUAUAUAAUGUCUACAUAGAUGAUGAAAUGAAUGAUGAUGAUUAGGAAUUUAAGACGGUGGUUAUAAGAACCUUAGAAUGGGAAUAAUUAAAUAUUCACCUUAUCUUAAUAUUCAUCUUACUUUUGAAUUUCAUAUUGUAAUUAGCUAGUUUCCAUUUGCUAACUUAUUUUGGAUUUCAAAUUUGGAACUUGGAACUUAAAAAUAUUUUCCUUAUGUUUUGAUAAAUAUUUUGGUAUUUGGUUGCUAAUUAAAUGUUUAUUGAACUUUUUAGAUACAUUAAGUCAAAACUUAAAUAUAUUUGUUUCGUUAGUAUAGACUUAGCGAUGUAUGACAUGCAAAUUACAUCAUAUGAUGCAAAUCUAAGUUUUUUUAUGGAUGAAUUUAUAAUUUACGUAAUUAUUCAACAUACAAAGUCAUUAUCAAUGUGUUUUUUGCUUUAAAUCUGAAAAUAUGUAGGAUCUUACGAUUCACGAUCCGAUCCUACGAUCUACGAUCUUACCUACCUUCAACAAUCUUACAUAGGAUCCCGAUUUUGACAACCUUGGAGAGGACUGAUAUGGAAAAUGUUAGGUUGGCAAAAGGGAUGAAGUUCCCAAACUCCCAGGUGUUUAGGAAGGCUUUGAGGGAGUAUGUGAUUCAGAAUCACAUUGAUGUCAAGUGGAAGUUGAAUGAGAAGAAGAAGAUUUAUGUAUAUUGUAAGAACAAUUGUGGAUGGAGGUGUUAUGCCUCAAUGGUGACUGGAGAGUGCACAUUUGAGAUCAAGACACUUUAUCCUGAGUGUACUUGCCCCCUAUCAUUUAAAAAUGGGCAAGUUACAUCAGCCUAUGUGGCAAAGAGGUAUUUGGAGGAUUUUGGUAAGAAUCCUAAUUGGGAGGUCUCAAGUGUUAAGCACCAUGUGAUGCAGAAGAUUUUAGUUGAUUUAAGUCUUAGUCAGGUGUAUAGAUCAAGGAAGGCAGCUAGGGGGCUGAUUACUGGGAAUGAAGAGGCUCAGUAUGGCCUACUUAGAGAUUAUGCAGAAAUGAUAUUAAGGACAGAUGUAGGAAGUAGGGUGAUUCUGCAAACAGAGAUGGAAAAUGAGAAUGCAGAGCCCAAGUUUAAAAGGAUGUACAUUAGGUACAAUGCUCAGAAGGUUGGCUUUCUAGGUGGUUGUAGACCCUUUGUUGGGCUGGAUGGAUGCCACUUGAAGGGUAGGUUUGGUGGGCAAUUGUUGUCUGCCACUGCCAAGGAUGGAAAUGACAAUAUAUUCCCAGUGGCAAUGGCUAUGGUUGAGCAAGAGAACAAGGAUAGCUGGACCUGGUUCUUGGAGCAGUUUGCUGAUGACAUUGGCAGGCCAGAUGAGCUCAAUCUGGUAUUCAUCAGUGACAGGUAAAAGGCCUUUUACCUGCAAUGGAGACUCUAUUCCCAACUGUGGAGCACAGGUAUUGUGUGAAGCACAUAUACAACAACUUCAAGGUUAACCACAAGGGCAUGGAGUUGAAAAGUGUACUGUGGAGGUGUGCUGGCACAACAUCAGCCAAGGAAUUUGAGAGAGGGAUGGACCAUCUUAAGAGUUUGGAUGAAGAAGCUUGGCAGUACCUGACUGAUAUAGAGCCUGCACAGUGGACCAGAUCCCACUUUUCUUCAAGAGCUUUGACAGAUUGUAUGGUAAACAAUCUGAGUGAGAGUUUUAACUCUAUGAUUGUGAAGGCUAGAGACAAGCCCAUCUUAUCAAUGCUGGAGUGGAUCAGAGUUAGGCUUAUGAGCACGCUGUAUAUAAAGAAGGCUGGCAUAGAAAAGUAUGGUGGCAAUUUGUGUCCAAGCAUACAAAAAAGUUGGAGCAGUUAAAAUUAAAGUGUAAGAGUUUCUGUGCAGUUCCUUCUGGGAGGUUUGUGUAUGAGGUUGACAAUGAGAGGGAAAGGCAUGUGGUGGACUUGGUAAAUAGGACAUGCAGUUGUAGAGUAUGGGAUUUGACAGGAAUCCCUUGCAAGCAUGGAGUUGCAGCCAUUUUUGUUAAUCGUGAGAAACCAGAAGACUACACCCAUCCAUGCUACUACAAGGAUGCUUAUGUGGAGACAUACAAGACACCCAUACCUCCCAUGCCUGGCCAGUCUGAGUGGAUUUCAAGUGGCCAACCCAAGCCUGUUGCACCUACUGUCUAUAAGCCACCAGGCAGGCCACCCAUGAAGAAGAAGAGAGAUGCUGAUGAGCCGAACCCUUAUAAGGUGUCUAGAGGAAACAUACCAGUGAGGUGUGGAAGGUGUCAACAGGAAGGGCACAAUGCAAGGGGAUGCAAGGCCAAUGUCACUGGUGAGACAGCAUAGGAGAGGAGGCAAAGAUUGCAGAAAGGGAAAUCUGGAAGUGGAAGGCCUUCUACACAUAGACAAGGAUCCCAGGCCCCAUCUUCAUCACAGACCCAAUCCUCAGCUCAGCCCCCACCAACACAUCAGCCUUACACUAUGGCCUCAUCCAACCAGGCAGCAGGGUCACAGCCACAAGCUCCAUGGUUAGGGCCACCAGCUCCAUGGUCACAGAACCCAAGUCAAUGGUACUCUUCAAACUUCAGGUACACAGUUAGAGGAGCUCCUUGGUUCUCUUCAAGCCAGCCAACACCACACACCCCUGCAGAAACAUGGGACAGUAGACCACUAUCAUCACAGCCUACAAGACCACCUGCUACCAGAGGAGCUGCUUUGAGAGGAAUGGGUGAUGCAGCUAGAGCUCAGAAAUGUAGAACAAGAGGUGGAAAGGCCAGCUGUGGUGGGAGAGGCAGGGGCAGGGGUAGGGGCAGGGGCAGGGGCAGUAAAUGAAGACUAAGUCAAGACACUUUUGUUGCUAUGUAUAAUGUAUUAGGGUUAUGUAGUGUUAGGGUUUUAUGUAGUGUUAGGGUUAGGCAGGGCAGACAAUGGCAGGGCAGACAAUGGCAAGAUACUUUUUGAUAUAGCUGUUCAAACACUUUUUGUAUUUUUGUAAGUUUUGUAAACAUUGGGCAGCUGCAACUGUUUUGGUUGUUGUACCAAAUGCCUUAUAUUUACUGGUGGUUGAUGAAAGACUAUUCAAUGCCACCUUAAAAUAUGUAUACAAUUUCCCAACUUAAUGACAGGUGUUCAGAAUUAUUGUUUUGAUUA